UGUUGGAUAUGUUAUUUAAAUUGUGUCCGAAGCCAAAACAAGGGUGCACAAUGUGACCUUCGCCGACCUUAACAACAAACAUAUGUAUAAAUGCAGUGUCUGUUUAAUAGUGAUGAAUUAUCUAACAUGUUGUUCUAAUUUUACCUUACCUUCCCUUGUCCGCAAUACUUGUGACGUUAAUUACACAAUAUUGCCAGUUUAUCCAUGAUCAAAUCUGGUAGCGGCCUUGAACUUUCUCUUCGUCAGAAAUAGUCACGUGAUCAGGUGAUCGCGGGGAUUUCGAGCGUCAAAAUCACUAGGCCCUACGUGCUUUAUCCGCGUAGCUGGCCCGAAGUCGGUCUUGGUCUCAAACAGUAACCAUUUUCGUAACGUCAAAGCCUACCUCACACGAAAGUAUCAGUUGGUGGAAAAAAAAGAGAGCAUACUUGAGCAUAUUACCUAUUAUCAUAAUAUUCAGAUCUUACUCAAAUGUAGUUCUUCAUGUAGCGAAGCAACCAAAUGGCAAAGGUACAAGACGGAAAACUUACUUGCAUUUUCAUUGUUGGAUUUUGGAUCGGGUACUGUUCUGCACAAAAAGACGUUUUAUUGGACACUGAAUCAUUACCGAAAUUGCAUUGGACUACAAAGAUAGUAAAACAGACACCAAACCCGGACAUCAAUGAGGAGAACAUGGGGUGGCAGGAAGGCAAGUUCGUGAAGAAGGAGAGACCAUUCCGGGUGUACACCACAUGUUACACGCAUGUCCCGGGCUGUGAACAACUGGCUUCGAACGCCAUUCAUCAAACAUGACCCUGCCCAGACCCUGCACAUCGAAAUCAACUUCAUAAUGCGCAAAUGCUUGAACAACUUGCCGCACUGUAAAGAAACCUUUAACCUGUACUACUACGAGGCGGAUUCUGACAUUGCGAAACAAGAGGUCCCGUCAUGGGAUUCGACCACGUACAAGCUCAUCGACAAGAUCUCCGGGGAUUAUAUAUACACGUCGGAAAUCAAGAUCAACUCAGAGACAAGGCAGAUAGACCAGAGACCGGAGCUUGUCGGGGUGUAUUUCGCAUUUCAGGAUGAAGGCGCGUGUCUGACAUUUUACUCAAUCAAGAUCUACGACAUGCCACCACCAACAGAAACAGCAGAAGCUGACGUCGGGAUAAUUAUUGCCAUCGUCAUCGUUGUGCUGGUGUUAAUCGUUGCAGCCGCAGCAGUGGCCUGGUACUGCUGGAGAAGAAAGAAAAGAGUCAAGAACUCUGAGGAAACAGACGUUGAUAACUCAAAAAGAAAGGAAAUGGGCAGCAUUCCAGAGGGAACACACUUAGAUAACUCAACAAGAAAGCAACAAGGCAGGAGGCUGUCAAGGGAAAGUCACUCAAGUCACUCAAGUCACUCAAGUCACCGAAGCAGAAAGGAAAUGGACAGCAUCCCAGAAGAUACAAGCUUAGAUAACUCAACAAGAAAGGAAAUGGGCAGCAUCCCAGAGGAAACAAGCUUAGAUAACUCAAGCAGAACGAAAAAGGGCAGGAGGCUGUCAAGGGAAAGUCACUCAAGUCACUCAAGUCAUGCAAGCAGAAAGAAACACGACAGGAGGAUGUCAAAGGAAAGUCACUCAAGUAACUCAAUAAGGAAAGGAAACUUAGAAUAACUCAAGAAGACAAGUUACGUUAAAGUAUUUCAAAUGAUCAUAUAAGAUUGAUACACCAUUAUUGUAACAACAUAUUAUUAGCAACAUAACCGGUUUUAAUGUACCAGAGCCUAAAUGUACAUCAGUUCUAUUUAUAAUUGUAUUUGUUGCUUUACAAACUAUUUGAAAGACAUUUAUAACGAGAUCAUUGAAAACGAGCCUGAAAGGACAAAAAUAUCUAUAAAACUAAGAAUGAAAGACAAAACCAUUAUCCGUGAUCAACACUCACAAUACAGAGUCGAAUAGGCGUUGGGCAAAAUAGUGGUUUGUUUCCAUGAAUCUCCAUCUAGUGUCUCGUCCAUAGGAGGCCAACCACUCCCAAGGAGAUCCUUUAUUAGAAAAUACUUCCUGCACCGCUACAAUCAGGACUCACCGUUAAACUAAAUCAAUAACUACCUAGAGCUCAUUUGAAUAAAUAUAGUUGUGACGACAUGUACUCACGGAUCACUGUCAAAACAGUGAUGGUAUCAGGUGUUCGCGAAAUGAGAGCAUACCCUGACCCACUCGACGUAUGUUUUGUCAAUUCCAGCUUGUACUGACGUUACAGAAAUCCGCUGAUGAAUGAGAUUUUUGUUCAUAACAUCACUUUAUAUUAUUUUUUUCAAAGAAGAAAAAAAAUUGAUUUCUUUAUUGUCGAAACUAAGCAAAUGAUCAAAAUUUCUUGAGACCAAUCUUUGUAAAAUGUACUGAUCCCACACACACACACUGUGGGUACCCGGGUUAGAGAGACCGUGAUACAGACGCCUGCACACACACACACACACACACACACACACACACACUGGGUGAGGGUGGGAAGAAUAAACGAUAGAAAGGUUAAAGGACUGCAAUAUGUAUUGAAUAUUUUAUUCAUCUCUUUGAAGCAAGACCAAGCAAGAUACCUGAUAAUACAAAUGGUGGAUUCAUCUAAAUGAACAUUUCAUGGGAUUCACUUAUCGAAUUGUUUCGUGUAUUUUUGUGUUUAAAUUCAGUGAUAAGUAAUUUAUCUAAUUGUUUUGUGUAUUUUAAGUUUAGAAAUUCAGUGGUAAACCAUUUAUUGAAUUGUUUCAUGUAUUUUGUUGUUAGAUAUUCAGUGCUAAGCCAUUUAUUUAAUUGUUUCAUAUGUUUUCCUUAUUAGAAAUUCAGAGAUCAGCCCUUUAUCGAAUUGUUUAAUGUAUUCUUAUGGUUAGAAAUUCAGUGAUAACUCAUUUAUCUAAAUGUUUCGUGUAUUUUUUUGUUUACAAAUUCAGUGAUACGUCAUUUAUCUAAAUGUUUUGUGAAUUUUCGUUGUUAGAAAUUCAGUGAUAAGCCAUUUAUCUAAUUGUUCCAUGUAUUCUGAUGGUUAGAAAGUCAGUGAUAAGCCAUUUAUCUAAUUAUUUUGUGUAUUUUUAUGGUUAGAAAUUCAGUGAUAAGUCAUUUAUCUAAAUAUUUCAUGUAGUUUUAUUGUUACAAAUUCAGUGAUAAGCCAUCUAUCUAAUUUUAUCACGUAUUCUUAUGGUUAGAAAUUCAGUCAUAAGUCAAUUAUAUAAAUGUUUUAUGUAUUUUUAUUUUUAUUUUUAUUUUUAUUUUUUUUAGUGAUAAGUCAUUUAUCCAAUUGUUUUGUGUAUUUUUAUUGUUAGAAAUUCACUGAUCAGCCAUCUAUCUAAUUGUUUUGUGUAUGUUUGUGGUUAGAAAUUCAGUGAUAACUCAUUUAUCUAAAUGUUCUGUGUAUUUUCAUGGUUAGAAAUUCAGUGAUAAGUCAUUUAUCUAAUUGUUUCGUGUAUUCUUAUAGUUAGAAAUUCAGUGAUAACUCAUUUAUCUAAAUGUUCUGUGUAUUCAUAUGGUUAAACAUUAAGUGAUAAGCUAUUUAUCUAAUUGUUUUGUGUAUUUUUAUGAUUAGAAAUUCAGUGAUUAACCUCAAUAAUCUGCUAAACAUUUUCACCAUUGUACCUACAUGGACUUACAUAUCAAAUAGUGCUGACCAUCUGUAGUUUAGGUAAGCAUUAUAAACAAAAGUAUAUAAAUGUGGAAGUAACAAUUAAUAUGAUGAUGUACAAUGUCAUGUUGUUGUUAUUGUUGUGUGCUUUUUGUGUGGUAAUUGUUUUUUAUUUAUUGAUUUUUGUUUGUUUUUGGCAGAUAUUUGAUUCUUAAAUCAUUAUACAAUGCCCAUAUACAAAUGAAAUGCAAUUCAUCUUCAACUGUAUCAAGACAGAAAGGACCAUUUUUAGACUGGUCAUGUCUACAUCUAUUUUGGGGGACAGUAAUAUUAAUAAAAACCUAAGUCUCAAUAUUGUGAAUGCAUUUCUAAACUAAUCCAAAUGAAAGAAAUAAGAAAGAAAUGUUUUGUUUAACGACGCACUCAACACAUUUUAUUUACGGUUAUAUGGCGUCAGACAUAUGGUUGAGGACCACACAGAUAUUAAGAGAGGAAACCCGCUGUCGC